CAUGUUCAAGCUCAAUAUCGCCAUUGCGGCUUUCCUCGUUGCCUUUGCCUCACAGGCAGUAGCGCUCCCCCAAGCGACACCUUUUGAAAAUGCUGGCAACAUCGAUGUGGUAAGCUUAUUUUCUAUUGGAUGUUACCCAUCUCUGAGGGUGCCAUUAACUCUUGACAGGACUGCGGUCGCUAUGGAGCUGAAUACCGAUGCUGCCAUGGCUUUGCCAGCAACUGUUGCGCCAUCGUUCCAGAAGACACCGCUUGCUGAGGUUAUGCAUAAAACGUCCUCGUGGGUUUGCUUUGCUUAUAAACUACUCCAUGCGAUUGAAGGUGGUUA